AUGAAGAAUGUGUGCUUGAUUUUGAUCGACAGUGACAUGGAUUCAUUUAGAUUCCUGAUACUGGCGUGUGACGGUUUAUGGAAGUCGUUCGAUAACGAGGAGGCGAUUUCGUACGUGAAUGAGUUGCUGAGCAAGUCGGUGAAGAUAUAUGGUAGUAUCGCUUCAUAUUUGGACCUGCUGUGGGGGACAUACGUCCCGGGAGCAUUUGCCAACAAGGAGGAAAGCAGAAUUUGUGUGGCUCGCCUUCUUAAAUGA